GGGCAGAGGCGCGGGGACGGCGGCAGCGUUCGGCAUGGCGCAGUACGCGAGGGGCGCCGCGGCCGUGGCCGUCAUCCGGCUCCGCAACCCGCCGGUCAACGCGCUGAGGUAACGGCGGCGCCGCCCGCCAUUUCGUGAGGCUGGCACGGCACGGCACGGCCGGGGGUUUGCCUUCCCGGCCAUGGGAGCCUCGGGCUCGGCCGCUGGGGAUUACCCCGCUCGGUUAGCGGGACUGAGGGCUCUCUCCGCACGAGGGGGAGCGGCGGUGGCACUGCGCUCGUCCCACUUCUGUGCGCGGGUCGGGUCGGGUGGCUCCUCCUGAGCAACAGCACGAGGCUUGGAGUUUAGAUAUCGCUUUGCCAUAGCCGAGCUGAGCCCCUUCGGGAUUUGUGCUCCUUGUUAUAUUGUCUAGAGAGCUUUUUCCCCUCGGGAGAAAUGCCAGGUUCAUGGGUGUGUGCUUUCUGCCAUCUCCCCUGGAAUCUCUCGUCAGACUUGGCACAUUCCUGUCACUUACGCCGUGAAGAGUCAGCAGGAGCUCACAGCGUUAGCUCAGCUCUUCUAUUCCUCAGUUCCCGUGCAGUUAGCAGUUUGACAGUUCUCCAGGCAUUAGAGGAUGGACUGAAAAGAGCAGACGCGGAUCCUUCAGUGAAAGCUGUCACAAUUUGUGGCGAAAAUGGGAAGUUCAGUGCAGGCGCUGACAUUCGAGGAUUUUCUUCUCCAAAGAAACAGGGUCUUGGCUUGGGCCCCAUAGUUUCUCUCAUAGAAAGGAGCGAGAAGCCUGUUGUGGCUGCCAUUGAAGGCAUUGCCUUGGGAGGAGGCCUGGAGGUGGCACUUGGCUGUCACUAUCGUAUCGCACAUGUGCAGGCACGGAUGGGCUUACCUGAAGUCACAAUUGGGUUACUUCCAGGUGCUGAAGGCACUCAGCGGCUCCCCAGACUGGUUGGGGUUCCUGCUGCUCUGGAUAUAAUUACUACAGGAAGACACAUUCCUGCAACUGAAGCACUGAAGCUGGGCUUGGUUGAUGAAGUUGUGGAAGAGAACACAGUUGAAGCAGCAAUCCGUUUGGCAAACAAAUUGAUUGGCCAGCCCUUGGGACACCGCAGGCUCAGCCUGAAGCCAGUCCCCAGAUUGCCCAACAUGGAAGCAUUUCUCAGUGAGGCUCUCGUGAAGGUGAAGAAACGGGCCCAAGGGUGCCUGGCACCAGAGCUGUGCUUCCAAGCAAUCAAAGCUGCCACAGAGCAGCCAUUUGCAGAUGGAGUCCGGAAGGAGAGAGAGCUGUUUAACAUCCUGCUGACUUCAGGCCAGGCCAAAGCACUGCAGUAUGCUUUCUUUGCAGAGAGAGCAGUGGAGAAGUGGACAACACCCAGUGGAGCUUCAUGGAAAAGUGCUUCCCCUCAGCCCAUCCGUAAAGCAGCUGUGAUAGGGCUGGGAACAAUGGGCCGAGGCAUUGUGACUUCUCUGGUUAAGGCCAAGAUACCUGUGGUGGCCCUGGAGCAGAAUCUGGAGUAUCUGAACACAGGAAGAAAAGCCGUGAUGCUCCUUUUGGAACGUGAGGCUAUGAAAAUGGAGCAGGGUGCCCAAACCCUGGAUUUCCAUAACCCUGCACAACUCCAGUUCACUGUGGACUUUGAUGUGUUGCGGGAUGUAGAUCUAGUUAUUGAAGCUGUCUUCGAGAACAUGGCACUAAAGAAGGAAAUAUUCAGCAAGCUAUCAAGAAUCUGCAAGCCGGAGGCCUUUCUGUGUACAAACACAUCAGCCCUGAAUAUUGAUGAUAUAGCUUCUGUCACCGGCCGCCCACAGCAGGUCAUUGGCACACACUUCUUCUCCCCUGCUCAUGUGAUGAGGCUAUUAGAAAUAAUCUAUGGCCGUCACACGUCCCCCAACACCAUUGCCACGGCCAUUCAGCUAGCUAAAGUGAUGAAGAAAGUUGGAGUGGUGGUAGGGAACUGUUUCGGGUUUGUUGGGAACCGAAUGAUGUUUCCGUACGUACAACAGGCAGUUUUCCUCUUAGAGGAAGGAAGCAGACCAGAAGACGUAGAUCAGGUUCUUGAAGAUUUUGGGUUUAAGAUAGGGCCCUUCCGAAUGUCUGAUCUUGCUGGGCUGGAUGUGGGCUGGAGGUCUCGAAAGGACCAGGGCCUUACUGGGCCCUCACUGGCUCCAGGAACACCCGUCCGCCAGCGGCAUGGCUAUCGCUACAGCCCGCUGCCUGACCUUCUGUGUGAGAAAGGCAGGUUUGGCCAGAAGACAGGAAAAGGCUGGUAUCAGUACGAGAAGGCUGGGGGUAGGACAGCCAAACCAGACCCAUGGAUUCACAGCUUUCUGCGUGAGUACAGGGACACCCAUCAAAUCAAGACCCGCUUUAUAGACCAGGAGGAAAUCCUGGAGCGUUGCUUGUUUACUCUUAUUAAUGAAGGAUUUGACAUCCUGGCUGAGGGAAUAGCAUCAGGCCCAGAACACCUUGAUGUAGUUUAUAUCAAUGGUUAUGGAUGGCCAAAGCACAGGGGUGGCCCCAUGUUCUAUGCUUCCAUUGUGGGGCUCCCUAACAUUCUGACUAAGCUGCAGAAAUACUCUGAGAUCCACCCUGAUGUUCCCCAGCUACGUCCCAGUGCCUUCCUGAAAAAGUUGGUGGCUAUGGGGAACCCUCCUCUCAAUGACUGGAUGUCCUACCUACACAGGCAGAGCAACAAGCUGUGAUUUCGCUGAUACCCGCUAUAGAAAUUCCUUGGAGGUUGAUCUCAUGAAACAGCUGCUGUAAUUGCACUCUCUUUUCCAAUCAAAAACAAAGUGCUACAGGCUUAUAAACAAUGUCAGUUACCUUCCUAGGUGAGAUUCAUCUCUUUCCCACCUUGCUGCAGGCAACCACUGCCACUGCCCACCCUUCCUUCUGGCCAUCAGCCUCACUCACCUUCUUGGCACUAUGCCGUGUACAGAUGCAUUUCAUUCUCCUCUGUACUUAGGUCUUCAGAGCAGUGCAUCUCUUCCAGUCUUUCUUUGUUGAAGGGACAGAGCAGCACAUGGCCCUCAAAGCAAAUCACAGCAGGAUGGGAGAGCAGGAUGGUCACAAUUCACCCCAGACCAGCUGGAUCUCCCAGAUCCUGGCCUACGUCUGUUUUCCAAUUUGUUCAGACCUUCCUUCUCCCUGCAGUGCAAUUUCCUCCACCCCAAAUUACCUGGCUGUCCCAAACACAGCCAGUUGGAGCCUGUAUCCACACUGCUGGGGGAGUGUUGGCAUAUUUCAGAGGCAAAUUCAAAGGAAUUGGUGAGAGCAGCUUUGGAGAGAGAGCAAGGGGCAGGGCUGGUGCUGUCACCGCUCCCUGCUGCAGAAGAAAAUUCUAAUAAGUGACACAAAAUAUGCCUGAUUACAGUCAGAUACCUGACUGACCUGCGCUGUGCUGUUGGCUCAUGGCCGGCAUUCUGCAUCCAGACUCCAUCCUCUUUUAUCAUCCACCUGGCUUUGUCCAGGCAGAAACAUCUUCUGGCAUCUCUAAGUGCGGAUUUGCCUUGCUAUCACUCCCCCUAUCUUGCCUGCCUGUGGCUACCUAAUUGAUCUAAUUGACCAGACUGAAACCUGGCCUGGCACGUACCGGGUUUUCCCUUGCACAGCAGGGCUUGAGAGCUGGGCAGGCAGACUUCCAGCAGAGAGCAGAGCAGGAGGAGUGAGCCAGACCUCUUCCAUGCUUCGGGCAAAGUCACCUAUUGCUCGUGUCUAGUGAAAUUUAUCUUCUAGGUUGGUGUCCUCUGGAAGAUUAACACUGAAUGUCUAAUUGUUGCUUUCUAUUUUAAUAAAACCAUUUUGAUUAUCUAA